AUGUGCGGAUCGACCGCGUGGAUCAUCCUUGUGCCAUGCUUGAGGGAGGGGCGUGGGGAAGUGACAGACAUAAGCGCAAGUCCUGGAAGGCAGGCACCUGCCAACCAGUUGCGCCCCAAGGAACCACCUCCUAUGGUCAUCCAAUCGGACUUCAGAAAGGUGAGUGGGAUCAGUACGGAAAUUUUCAAACAAAUCCAGACCGUGGAAAAUGACCAUGACGCCUCGACCGCUGCUGCUUUCGAGGCUGUUGAAAGACGAGGACAGAUGGUUGUACGCACCAUCGAACCUCGUCAAAUGGGAAGACAAGCUCAGGAAGCUGCGAAGAAAUUUAUCGCAGUACAGGAUCCCAAGUACCCUAUACACUUUGUCGAAAUAAUCAAGAGCCCGGGACAGACGUUGGGACUUUAUAUAAGGGAAGGAAAUGGAGUGGACAGAAACGAUGGCGUUUUUAUAUCUAGGAUAGCACUGGAAUCAGCCGUUUACAACAGUGGUUGUCUCAAGGUAGGGGAUGAGAUCUUAGCGGUGAACCUCGUCGAUGUGACGCACAUGAGCUUAGACGAUGUAGUAAUUGUGAUGUCCAUUCCUACAAGACUCAUCCUAGCCACGAGACGUGGUCCUCAUCAACUUAUUUCACACAGUCUUCAAAGCGAGCACAAGACAACACCAGUGGUAGUCAUAAAAAGGGAUAUUAAUGAAGAUGAAAAUGAUCAUUCAACUAGUAAUCACAUUCGGGAUAGUAGUCGAAGGAGGGGAGAUGGACGAGAGAUGUUGCCCUCUCGAUCAAGAUUGGGCCUCACGGGCCUUGGAUCGACUCAGGAUUUGGGGUCUAGUAAUGGCGACCUCUACUAUAAUUCAAGGCCUGAGGGUCAUUGGUCUUAUCAACCACCACCUCCUCCUGUUAUCACGCAUCAGCCGAAACCAUCGGCAACUCAACAUUUUCAACCCUAUGAGCGAGGAUAUCCAAAAACCCUAGAGAGCCUGGCUGAAAAAGAUUUCACGAAGGUACACUCGUUUUACACGGGUCCGGGCCCUAUGAUGCCCUCGAAUGGCUCGCGUCGCAUGUCUACUGGAACUGGUAUGCAAUCUGUUGGAGGUAGACUAACAGGUCAGAGUCAAGCCUCGCAUUACGGAUAUUCUCAGCAUACCGGAAGCGGAAGAAUUAUGCCAAGAAGUGGGUCUGACCAACAUUUACCACGAGUGGAUUAUACCAGCAUCACGACUCCAGCUCGUCAUACGCUAUUGAGGUCCAGUCUCAAGACAGGAUCAUCGGCCUUGCGCUAUAAUACUAGAUACGGGCAAACCGAUUCAACGACAGCGUCUCGGGGUCAAGGCCAAUUCGGUACUUUGACGAGAAGGCACCGUCCUUCAUUAGAUUAUGCAUCAGACACAGAGGCUACGUGUUCCAGUUCACCUCGAUCAGCCUACUACUAUUACAGGCACAACCUGAACAACCCCCCUCAAAGUAGUGCCGUUUCACACUUGGCAACCCUUUCCAGGUCUCAAAUUGGUCAAGGUUCUACUGGUUUAAGAACAAACUCAUUGCCUCGAAGCGGCAGGACGUUGCCGCAGCAACCUGGCCUUAGAACUGGUCUUAGCACUGUUACGUCAGGUCUCAUUGACCAGGAAGAUAGCGAUGGUGCUUUAUCCGCUCCCGAGUUUCCGUCCAUUAGGCGAGACAGAGGAAGAAUACCAUCAUCGCCAAGUGUUUUUACUUCAGACGAAUAUCGAGCAUGGUUGAGCCGAACACCUAGCACCAGCGCCUUAUACGAGCAGAUUAGGGCAACGUCGAAUAGGCCACCACGUUAUACGUACAGCGCAGAAAACAUUCACGCAGCAGCGAAUCAGGCGGAAUAUGGAGGAUAUGGAAGCUAUCGACCCAUAUCGAGUACCUUGGAUAGAUUAUCAACGAGGUCAGCUUCAGCGCAACAGGUGAAUCUAGCUAAUCUAAGGGCUUCAACUGCCAUUAGCUCCUCUUCUCAUCGAACUGCAGGAAAUCCAAGGCCAUCUUCAGUUGCUUCCAAUGUUCGGUCUUCUCUCAGUCAAAAACCAUCUCUUAGUAGCUCCGUUAGUCAAAGAGCGACUUCGGUUAGGAGAAUCAGGAACCUUUUGGACCUUGAGUCUGCCAGAAGUAUACCUACUCCUACGCCAGCUAGAACGCAGGAUCAAAGAUUGCUAGACAUUAAUCCUGCAGAAUUCCUCAAGUACAAAAUAGAAAAACCGCCAACGGUAGGCACUCCAAGUUCGACCAGCUCUCUCGUGAGUUCUCUUGGAGAGACCGGAGGUGAUCUUUCUAGUGGCGUUAAUGGUUUGCUCUGGGUCCACCUGCUGGCAGGGCGUGGUCUUCGGUCAACAACUUCAUCUUCUGCAGCAACAACACCUUCUACUCCAUCAGGUCAGCCAAGUUUAGGUUCCUGCGCAUUAAGAGAUUUGUACUGCGUUCUCGAGUGCGACAGGGUGCACAAAGCAAGAACAGUCGUCCGCACUGGUGACCUAAUGUUUGAUUGGGAUGAAACUUUUGAAUUAGAUUUAGUAGGAAAUCGACAACUAGAUUUACUCGUGUAUUCUUGGGAUCCGCAACAUAGGCACAAACUUUGUUACAAAGGAUCUGUGCACUUGGUUAGCCUUCUAAAGGAAUCUCCACUUCACCAGUUAGCUUUAAAAGUUGAACCGCGUGGAACGAUUUACCUUAGAUUAAGGUACACUGAUGCGCAUCAAACAUUUAAACGGCGAGGAUUGCCUGUUAUAUCCUUAGCUACGAGAGUCGCGCCUCUUUUCGGUGUCGAUUUAGAUACUGUUGUCGCUCGAGAGAGUAAAACUGGAGGUGUGCCAGGAGGUGUUUCGACUGCUUUAGCGAUGAGUGCUACGCCCAAUAUUCCUAUCAUCGUCUGGCGUUGUGUAGAAGAAGUGGAAAGAAGAGGUCUUGAUAUUAUAGGCUUGUACAGACUCUGUGGAUCAGCGUCGAAGAAAAGGAUACUGAGAGAGGCAUUUGAGCGAAAUGCAAGGUCAGUGGACCUAUCGCCAGACAAUGUUCCGGACAUUAAUGUCAUCACAGGUGUUCUUAAGGAUUAUUUAAGAGAACUACCAGAGCCUCUCUUCACCAAGUGCCUCUAUCAAAUGGUAAUAGACGCGCUUGUAGUCUGCGAGCCAGAUGGUCCGGAGAGUAACGCCAAGCUCAUGUUCAGCAUCCUUGAAUGUCUCACACCCGUUAACAGGAGUACGUUAAUCUAUUUACUGGAUCACUUGGCUCUGGUUCUUUCGCAAUGUAACAAGAUGUCUCCAGCGAGUUUAGCGGUCUGUUUCGCCCCGGUGUUAAUGUUGCACUCCGACGAGAGUGGGCCAAUAUUAGACUUUCAACAACCAAUAGCUUUGUUCAAAUAUCUCCUGGAAAUAUGGCCCGUUAAGUCAGUUCGCAAGAUUUCUUCAGCCGCUUCAACACUUCCUCGAGUUGGGCAAGCAGUCGAGCGCAGCAACACCAACAGUCAGUCCUUGCAAUCACAGCUGCAGUCGCAAGUUCUAACUCACUUGCAGCAUCAGGGACAGGGAACCUUGGGACGAACAGGGCAGCCCUGGCAGCAGCAACCCUCACUUCAUCAUCAGCCACCCACUACAACACACGCAGUUCUCGCACCCUCCACUCGUCCUCCACCACCAGUCAAGCCUCGACAGGUGAUAGUCUCGUCUCCCGGUUCACCUAGCAGUGAAGAAUCGACCUUCCAGGAACAAAAUAACAGUAACAUUCACAACAGUGGUCGCACCAAUGGUCAUAAUAAUGAUUUUACCAGAAAUGAAAACACAGAACAAAUAACACCAACCAGUAGUGUUGACACUGAGGAAGGAAAUCCAACCCAUCUGGAAGAGGGUGAACGUGGCGUCGAAGGAGAUGCCGAGGCCAGUGAUGAAGACCAUCUUGCUAAGAAUCAUUAAAUUUCUUCUUCACUUUGAUCUCAAUAGAAAAAAAGUUCCAUCUUGAGAAGCCAGUGCCCAAAGGGACCAGGACUAUAGGAUUUUUUACCAAAAAAAAGUUAGGCGAACGACGAGGCCUAGGUAGGAAGUCGCGUGAUUUAUGAAUUUCUUAAUCUUUCAUACGAAAGGUAAAGAAAAUAAUAUUUGUAGAUUCUUACAAAAAAUGUGUUGCGUACCAGUACCAUAAUGGGGACGAAAGAUAUCAUGAUUGGAAAGCAAAACCAAAAAAUAAACUGAGGAAAAAGAUCACGCUUGCUCUUUGCGAGAUUUUCCAACUUAUUUUUUUUCUAUUUUUUAAAACUCUUUUCAAAUACUUUUCUCGCUUCUCGAUCUCCCCAAAGUAGUUCAACUCUUGCGAUUUUGAGAUACUGAUCUCAAAAAUCGUGUCUUAAAUAUUGAAAGAAGCUUUAUACAUUCGUAAUCGUUUUCUAACUUUCUACAUCCAUCAUUCCAUCGGAAAAUUUCUAAUUGUAAUUUCUACGCAUUUUAAAUUUCUACUUCUUAACUUGUAUUCUUUUAUCUAUCGAAUCAUCAGAGAAAUGAAAAAAAUAAAGAAGCAAGGAAAUAGAGAUACACAAAGAUUAAAUUGAACGAGAGGUAUGUACAUGAAGCUAUAAUGACGUAUCUC